AUGCUAGGUGUCACUGCAGGUCCCGACAAGGCAGAGGUUCCUGCCUGUCUGGACAUGCUAGGUGUCGCUGCAGGUCCUCACAAGCCAGAGGUUCCUCCCUGUCUGGACAUGCUAGGUGUUGCUGCAGGUCCUGACAAGGCAGAGGUUCCUCCCUGUCUGGACAUGCUAGGUGUUGCUGCAGGUCCUGACAAGGCAGAGGUUCCUGCCUGUCUGGACAUGCUAGGUGCCGCUGCAGGUCCUGACAAGGCAGAGGUUCCUGCCUGUCUGGACAUGCUAGGUGUCACUGCAGGUCCUGACAAGCCAGAGGUUCCUGCCUGUCUGGACAUGCUAGGUGUCACUGCAGGUCCUGACAAGCCAGAGGUUCCUCCCUGUCUGGACAUGCUAGGUGUCACUGCAGGUCCUGACAAGCCAGAGGUUCCUCCCUGUCUGGACAUGCUAGGUGUUGCUGCAGGUCCUGACAAGGCAGAGGUUCCUGCCUGUCUGGACAUGCUAGGUGUCACUGCAGGUCCUGACAAGGCAGAGGUUCCUGCCUGUCUGGACAUGCUAGGUGCCGCUGCAGGUCCUGACAAGGCAGAGGUUCCUGCCUGUCUGGACAUGCUAGGUGUCACUGCAGGUCCUGACAAGCCAGAGGUUCCUGCCUGUCUGGACAUGCUAGGUGUCACUGCAGGUCCUGACAAGCCAGAGGUUCCUCCCUGUCUGGACAUGCUAGGUGUUGCUGCAGGUCCUGACAAGGCAGAGGUUCCUGCCUGUCUGGACAUGCUAGGUGUCACUGCAGGUCCUGACAAGGCAGAGGUUCCUGCCUGUCUGGACAUGCUAGGUGCCGCUGCAGGUCCUGACAAGGCAGAGGUUCCUGCCUGUCUGGACAUGCUAGGUGUCACUGCAGGUCCUGACAAGCCAGAGGUUCCUCCCUGUCUGGACAUGCUAGGUGUUGCUGCAGGUCCUGACAAGGCAGAGGUUCCUGCCUGUCUGGACAUGCUAGGUGUCACUGAAGGACCCGACAAGCCAGAGGUUCCUGCCCCUCUGGACAUGCUAGGUGUCGCUGCAGGUCCCGACAAGGCAGAGGUUCCUGCCUGUCUGGACAUGCUAGGUGUCGCUGCAGGUCGUCACAAGCCAGAGGUUCCUCCCUGUCUGGACAUGCUAGGUGUUGCUGCAGGUCCUGACAAGGCAGAGGUUCCUCCCUGUCUGGACAUGCUAGGUGUUGCUGCAGGUCCUGACAAGGCAGAGGUUCCUGCCUGUCUGGACAUGCUAGGUGUCACUGCAGGUCCUGACAAGGCAGAGGUUCCUGCCUGUCUGGACAUGCUAGGUGCCGCUGCAGGUCCUGACAAGGCAGAGGUUCCUGCCUGUCUGGACAUGCUAGGUGUCACUGCAGGUCCUGACAAGCCAGAGGUUCCUGCCUGUCUGGACAUGCUAGGUGUCACUGCAGGUCCUGACAAGGCAGAGGUUCCUGCCUGUCUGGACAUGCUAGGUGUCACUGCAGGUCCUGACAAGGCAGAGGUUCCUGCCUGUCUGGACAUGCUAGGUGUUGCUGCAGGUCCUGACAAGGCAGAGGUUCCUGCCUGUCUGGACAUGCUAGGUGUCACUGCAGGUCCUGACAAGGCAGAGGUUCCUGCCUGUCUGGACAUGCUAGGUGCCGCUGCAGGUCCUGACAAGGCAGAGGUUCCUGCCUGUCUGGACAUGCUAGGUGUCACUGCAGGUCCUGACAAGCCAGAGGUUCCUGCCUGUCUGGACAUGCUAGGUGCCGCUGCAGGUCCUGACAAGGCAGAGGUUCCUGCCUGUCUGGACAUGCUAGGUGUCACUGCAGGUCCUGACAAGGCAGAGGUUCCUGCCUGUCUGGACAUGCUAGGUGUCACUGCAGGUCCUGACAAGCCAGAGGUUCCUCCCUGUCUGGACAUGCUGGGUGCCGCUGCAGGUCCUGACAAGGCAGAGGUUCCCGCCUGUCUGGACAUGCUAGGUGUUGCUGCAGGUCCUGACAAGGCAGAGGUUCCUGCCUGUCUGGACAUGCUAGGUGCCGCUGCAGGUCCUGACAAGGCAGAGGUUCCCGCCUGUCUGGACAUGCUAGGUGUCACUGAAGGUCCCGACAAGCCAGAGGUUCCUGCCCCUCUGGACAUGCUAGGUGUCGCUGCAGGUCCCGACAAGGCAGAGGUUCCUGCCUGUCUGGACAUGCUAGGUGUUGCUGCAGGUCCUGACAAGUCAGUGGUUCCUGCCUGUCUGGUCCUGCCUGUCUGGACAUGCUAG